ACGUUCUCCGAAGAAUCAAGAUUUGGCUGGAGAUUUUCAAGGAGUGGAAUUACAAGCAAGGGUUUCUAUAACAUGGCUCUCGUUUUCGGAUUUCCAUCCUAUUAUCCCACGAACCGGUAAGUUUUUUACAAAGCUUCAUCGUUUUAAGACUUCUUUCUAUAAGCGUUAGACACUAAAUAAACGUAACGUCUCUUCGCCUCAACUCCUCACUGAGUUACAUUUUUGAGUCAUGAGAUGCAAGCUUUCAUUAAAAACGACUGACGACAAGCAAGAAUUCUCAGUCAGAAGUAUUAUUGAGAAAUCAAGGAAAAGAAAACUGGAAGUACCUGAAAAUUAGGAUUCUUGUGUUAGCAAAAUUGGGCAAUAACUCAAUUCUUACCGACAAAGGAGAAAAUCUGUUUGCGUAAAAAAAUACCAGUUAAUAAUUAAAAAACCUCUGAGGCAUGCAGGUUAAGUCAGUCUUACCGAUUUUACUGUCAUUUUUCUCAUUUAUUUCUACAGUAGAGACUAUGAUGAAGCUGUUCCAGGUUUUGGGUUUUUGCAUGAUCUAUGGAGAGAGAUAGCUCUUGCUUUUGACGAGCAGGCGCGAGACACUAGCUUUCAACACCGCCAAAAUAAAUUGGUAGUGCAGAGCCCAAUCAAGAUUGCUUCUCUGCCACUAAAGCAGUACAAGCCAGAAGACAUUUCACUCGAUGUGGACGGCGAAAAUAUCAUCUUACAUGGUCGGCAUCGAUCAGAGAGAGAAGAUGGAUUUGAGAAUAAUGAGUUUAAAAAGAUUAUCAAGUUGCCUGACGGAGUUGAUCCCACAACAGUGAGAUCGCGUGUAAUCAAAACUCUGAACAAAGGCAACGUUCUUGUCCUUGAAGGCGACAGACGCCUUGAAGAGAAAGCAAAACAAGACGAUGGCAAGUUUCAGGUUAAAUUGGAUCUGCGUGGAUUCAAAGCAGAAGAUAUCAAGGUGCAGCUUCGUGGACGUGAGCUGACAGUCACAGGAAAACACAAAUCAGAAGACCAAGGUUUCUAUUUUUCACGUGAUUACAGCCAUCGCGUUUUGUUGCCUGAUGACGCAGACCUUGGUUCAGUGACGUCACGCCUCUCCAAGGAAGGCUUGCUGAUUAUAGAAGCGUCACGUGAUCCAGCUUUGUUACCAAAGGAAAGAAAUCUAGACGUCUCCAUGGAACUUGAUGAGCAAUCACCUGAAGACGAGGCCAAACAAGAAGAAAGUGGUGAUACAGAAGAAGAGAACCAAACUGAAUGA